AUGUUUUCCCAAUUAAUUCAUUAUUGGUCCAGAAGAUACAUAACUGAAAAGUUAUUAGAAAGUCCAGCUUUUCACAGGUUUGCUACGAAAACACAUACACAUAUAUCAAAAAUGACAGAAAAAGGUAUUGCAAAACGUACAGAAAUAUUUAUGAGAAGCUUUAAAGAAAAUUUAAAACGGGAAGCUGAAAAAACAAAUUGGCCAAAAGUCUAA